AUGGAACAGCCUCGACAUGAGACGCACCAGCGCUGGAUCUGCGGAGGCUUUGCGGUGCUUGUGUGCUUCGUGAUGCUCUGGGGAUCUGCGCACGAGAUUCCUCAGCGUGGCGUUGUGGUGAUCAACACGUGGCCAUUUGUGAACGCAACUCGCGCAGGUUUUGAGGCUCUGCGAAGAUCGAGCAGUCGCUCGCACGCACUGGAUGCGAUUACACGCGGCUGUAAUCGUUGUGAAGUGGACCAAUGCGACUUUACAGUGGGUUACGGAGGUAGUCCAGACUCUAGCGGGGAGACGACUCUGGAUGCCAUGAUCUUAGACGGCUCUACGAUGGAAAUGGGCGCGGUGGCGCAGCUGCGACGUGUGAAACCUGCCAUUGAAGUGGCACGCGCAGUCAUGGAGCAUUCGUCUCACAGCAUUUUGGCUGGAGAUGGAGCGCUGGCGUUUGCCAAGAUGAUGGGGUUUGAGGAAACGCCGCUAGACACGCCGCACUCGCGGGAGAUUUACCAAAGCUGGCUGGAUAGCAAUUGCCAGCCCAACUAUUUUCGCAACGUUGUGCGGCAGAACACUUCAUGUCCACCGUAUAAGCCAUUGAUGUCGCAACGUGAAGUGUAUACGGAGCUACAAGGCGAGUCAUUCUUGCGGUCGUCCAGGAAUGCUGCCGUGGAAAGGUUGAUCUCGAGAGGAAACCACGAUACCAUUGGAAUGGUGGUUCUGGCGGAGAAUGGACACAUGGCUGCUGGAACCAGCUCCAAUGGAGCAAUGCACAAAAUUGCUGGGCGUGUGGGUGAUGCCGCGGUGCCAGGUGCUGGUGCUUAUGUGGACUCAUCCAUCGGCGGAGCUGCUGCUACUGGAGACGGCGAUGUAAUGAUGCGUUUUUUGCCCUCAUUCUUUGCUGUUCAGGAAAUGAAGAGAGGCACUCAUCCACGAAAAGCAUGUGAACACGCCCUGCACCGAAUUGCUGCGGUAUACCCCCAUUUCCUGGGAGGUAUGGUUUGCAUGAAUCGGUUUGGGGAAUAUGGAGGUGCUGGCUAUGGAUGGGAAUUUGCGUAUUCUGUACAAGCAAGCUGGAUGUCUGAGCCUGAGGUGAUACAUGUGUCGCCGCUGCCCCCUAUAUCAUAA